CAACAACUAGAGGUGGCGCGCCGCGACGCUGCUGAGAAAAACAUUUGCCAGCACUUCAGCUGCUUCUGUUUCGGUCGCCGUUUCAGUUUUCAGUUGUUUAAUUGCGGCUAGCGGCCAAGGAGCUUUGAUUUUGUGAUUCCGAUUCUGAUUGGAACAACUGACCGGGAACAGCAAAAGCAAACAUACACCCGCACACACGCACCCUAGCGCACACAUUAUUAGCCAAAAAUGAGUCGCAUGCUAAUUAAGCCCGCCGCUGCCACAAUGUCUGCGGCUCUGCAGCAGCAGCAGCGGCAGCAGCAACAGCACGUCAUUCGCCGCUGGAAAUCGUUCCUCAGCAGCAACAACAAUGGAAAUCGCCGCGCGGCGAAAACGACGCUGGCAGCAGCGACUACGUCGAACAGAAGCAGCGGCCAAAGCGGCAGCGCCGCCAUUCAACCGUUAGACGUCCAUCGUUCGUUCUCCACCAGCCACAGAAUGCCGUCGUCCGAGAAAUCGCUGUCCUUGGACAACAUUAACCCCAACUUCAUUGCCAUGGAGUAUGCGGUGCGCGGUCCGCUGGUGAUUCGCGCCGGUGAAAUCGAAAAGGAACUGGAAAAGGGCGUGAAGAAGCCGUUCGACCAGGUGAUCCGUGCCAACAUCGGAGAUUGCCAUGCCAUGGGCCAGGAGCCCGUGACGUUCCUGCGUCAGCUGAUGGCUCUGACUUUUGAGAAGCGUCUGCUCGACUCGCCCGAGUAUCCCGAAGAUGUUAAAAAGCGUGCCUGUGCCAUCUUGGAUGGCUGCCAGGGACAGUCGGUGGGUUCCUACACCGACUCUGCCGGCCUUGAAGUGGUUCGUCGCCAGGUGACCAAAUAUAUUGAGAAGCGCGAUGGCGGCAUUCCCAGCGAUUGGCAGAACAUCUACCUCACCGCGGGCGCCUCUCCCGGCAUCAAGACCAUUCUGGCCAUGAUCAACUCCGAGGUGGGCGGCAAGCCACCUGGCGUAAUGGUGCCCAUUCCCCAGUACCCCCUGUACUCGGCCACCAUUUCCGAGUACGGCAUGACCAAGGUCGACUACUAUCUGGAGGAGGAGACCGGCUGGAGCCUGAGCAAGGCCGAACUGCAGCGAUCCUUUGAUGAGGCUAAGAAGACCUGCAAUCCCCGUGCUCUGGUUGUUAUCAAUCCUGGUAAUCCCACCGGUCAGGUGCUCACCCGCGAGAAUAUCGAGGAGAUCAUUAAGUUCGCUCACGAGAACCAGGUGCUGAUUCUCGCCGAUGAGGUGUACCAGGACAAUGUCUACGACAAGAACUCCAAGUUCUGGUCCUUCAAGAAGGUGGCCUACGAAAUGGGCGAGCCGUAUCGCAGCCAGGAGCUGGUCAGCUUCCUGUCCACCUCGAAGGGCUACCUGGGUGAGUGCGGCAUUCGCGGCGGCUACAUGGAGGUGCUCAACCUCGAUCCCAAGGUCAAGGCCAUGCUGACCAAGUCAAUUACGGCGGCACUGUGCAGCACCACGGCCGGCCAGGUGGCGGUCAGUGCGCUGGUCAACCCACCGACGCCCGGUGAACCCUCCUACGAUCUGUACAAGAAGGAGCGCGACAGCAUCCUGGCCGCGCUGAAGGAGCGCGCCGAGCUCGUCCACAAGGCGUUGAACAGCUUCGAGGGCUACAAGGUGAACCCCGUGCAGGGUGCCAUGUAUGUAUUCCCGCAGGUCGUGAUCCCGCCCAAGGCCAUCGAGGCGGCCAAGGCCAAGGGCAUGGCCCCCGAUGUUUUCUACGCAUUUGAGUUGCUUGAGACGAGCGGCAUCUGCAUUGUUCCUGGCAGCGGAUUUGGUCAGAAGCCCGGCACCUAUCACUUCCGCAGCACGAUCCUGCCGCAGACGGACAAGCUGAAGCUGAUGAUGGAGAAGUUCCGCGUGUUCCACACCGAGUUCAUGAAGAAGUACAAGUAGACGACGGCCCUCCCAUUCGCUAUUCCCUGCGCCACGCCCCCGUCUCGCAUCCCUCUUCCGGCCCCCGCCUGCUGUGUUAGCUUUUAAAAUAAAAAUAUUUUUUAUUCGUUUUUUUUUUACUCUGUUAUCGUGUCUUAACUUAAAUAUUUCGCCAUACUGAAUUCUACUGUGCUUUGAUUUACUUUAUUCACGAAAUAUACAUAUGUAUGUAUGUUAACUUGUAUGAAUCCCCCUGAGUUGUACGUAUCCUGCGCAGGUUUUAGCCCCUGUCUCCAGUUAGCAAUUAACCCAAGUGUUUAAUUUUCGUAAACUAUAUACCUACUAUAUAUACAUUUAUGUGUAGUCCUUGAUCUUGAUUGAAUUGAAUGGAUUCCCCGGCAGACGCGUUGAAGCCUCUGGCGGCGAAGUGACAAUAAUUUUGUUGGAGCCAAAAAAGUAAGCUUUUUGUUUACUUUUGGCCCAAAAUUCUGAUAUUGUUCUAGACGAAAGUUAUAUUUGCUUUACAUAUAUACGUAUACAUGUUUAUCCACACAUACACAUAUUUAGCCAUGCAUGCGCUUAACCCGAAUCGAUCACGAAGAACAUUUGAUGUGUUGUGUCCUUUCGUCAUUACUAAUGUUACAGAAAAGAUUUAAAGAAAAACGAUGGAAAAUAUACGAAAUAAAUACAUAUUGUUAAAUACUUAA